AUUCCUACACAACACACUUCAUACAUCUUAGGCAGAGGACGGUGAACAACAGUGCGAUCCGCAUCAGAAAAGGAAUCGCUUCGAGAAAGAGGUUUCCUCCAACUCAUUGAGCCUCUGCCACAUAUAAUGAGCCUCCAUUCAUCUCCAUCUCUGGCCCACCCAAACGCUGCACAUGGAAUUACAGUAAAGGAAUAAGCUAUGGAAGAAAUUAGGUGUUGCCAUCUUUUCCCGAGUGGGUGCAGGGGUUUUGUGUCAGACUUUGAGACAACCCCACUGGGCUCGAGCUUCACCUCCCCAGUCUGGACUGUCGCCAGGCUAGUUAAGGGUGAGGGCGCAGUGGAUGCAGAAUUAGCUCUGGAUGCUUGGUACACGCCACUUGUUAUGACUCUUCUCCCACACAGUUGGCUCCUUCUCCUGACCUCACUCUACACCUCAUAUCAAGCUCUUGACGCUCCAGACAAACGGAGAGAAAAACCAGCAUAACCUUGUCACUUAAACAGUUAAACGAGUACAGUCAAAGUAGAGUAACUGCGGAAGGGCGAGCGAGAAGGAAGCAGGCGAGCGAGAAGGAAGCAGGCGAGCUGUAGGUGAACAAGCAGAGUGCAGCUUCACAAACAGGACAACUGAACGGGCAGUCCUGGACAGAAUGAGCUUCCAGAAAUCCGAAUAUACGUCUGUCCUUCAAUCUGACAAACAUACAGGAAAAAGACAGCGAUAUAUGCAGAGGGAUGGCAGCUGCGACCUGAGGUUCAGCCAUGUGCCGGGAGAGUGGAGUCUAUACAUUACGGACAUCUUCACCACUCUGGUGGAGAUCCGGUGGCGGGUCAUGCUCCUGACUUUCACCCUCUCGUACAUCCUAUCCUGGCUCUUUUUCGGGCUGUUAUACUGGGUAAUUGCGCUGAUCCAUGGCGAUGUAAAGGACCCAUCUCAGGAACCUUGCAUGUACAAUGUGCACAGCUUCACGGCGGCCUUCCUCUUCUCCCUGGAGACCCAGACCACCAUUGGCUACGGUUUCCGUGGUAUGGCUGAGAACUGCAUGGUGGCUAUUGUGGUGGUGACUGUGCAUGACGUCCUCAGCUGCUUCAUUGACACAUUCAUCAUCGGCAUCGCCGUGGCUAAGAUGGCGUCAGCACGUAAACGGGCACAGACGGUGGGCUUCAGUAGCUGCGCCAUAGUUAACCUACGCGAUAACAUGAUGUGCCUGUCCUGGCGUGUGGGCGAUUUCCGGCCAAACCACAUGGUGGAGGGCACGGCCCGGGCCCAGAUCGUCCAACACGCAAAACACCAAACGGGCAGAGUCACAGUAUCCUACCAAGACCUGGACAUACAAUACAGUGACAUCAUCCUGGCCACACCAGUCACAAUUAUCCACCAAAUCAAACCUGGCAGCCCCCUGUACAGCCUGAGUCCGCAAGACCUGCAGAAGAUGAACUUUGAGCUAGUUGUGUCCUUCACCUACACCAGUGACUCUACAGGGAUACUGCACCAGACACGCACUUCCUACACCCCUGCGGAAAUCCGAUGGGGCCACAGGUUCCAGGACAUGCUGAGGGUAAAGAGAAAAUUCUACAAGGUUGACUACUCACUCUUCCACCAGAUCACCAGAACACUGGUGCCGGAGAUCAGUGCUGAGGAGUAUGACAGGAAGGUAGAGAAGCUGUCUGACAGUUCAAAUCAUGAGCUGCAGAACAAUGAAACUCAAAGCGUAGGAGCCGCUGUCCUCAACAACCAGACUACGGAGGCUGCUGGGGUCACUGCCACCAGUGAAUCCACUGCUAAUGCAGGCAUGGAUGAUCAGCCUUAGUGCCUGUGCAUCAAAAUCACACACAAACGCGAAACGGCCAGCAAAGAACAGCAGCAUCUGUGAAGCUUUUAGGAAGCCACAUGGCAACAUAGCUCCGUGGAAAAAUAUAAAAUCACCAAAUAUUCAUUUUCUAGAGGCAGUGCGAACAUUGGCAUCAUCUUAAUUCUAAGUACUGGAUAGCAGAACCUACAUAAUAGCCCUUAGAACUAUUUUAAAGGUGAAAAGUGAUGUAAUAUUUGGAGGAGCAUACUGUUCAGUGAUUUCACUAACAGGAGUAAAAGCAGAUGAGUGUCAGCUGUAGGUUGGGUUUUCCCAUUCUGCACAAGUGUAUUAAAAAAGGAUUUUCCCCCAGUACGUAGAAGUCGACACAUUAGUUUAUUACACAGUGCCCUGGCAUCAUUAUCUUGCUUUGUCUGUAUAAAUUAUUUUUAUUCGAUCCACUGUGAAUGCAUUCAACUGGUGAUGCUUCAAUACGACAAGUAAUUCUUCCUGCAGAUCUUAAUACAUUCUUCAAACCUUAUUUUAUGCUUCCUGUUAUUAUGACUAAAUAUAUUCCAGAGCUUCUGCAACAUAUAAUGGGAUAUUGGCAAGGCCGAGUAUAAACUCUGAGCAUUCAAUACAUAAUUUAUGGCUAAUAUUAAGAAUGAAAACGUGCCAGGUGGCCCCACAAUACCAGAAUGACCCAGAAAGUAAUUUCAUAUUCAUACAGAAAGGUACCUUAUCCCAAGGGUCACGGGAUUUUAACUUGCAGUCAUUUAUAUUGUCAAACUUUAGUAAGACACAAUAAACAAUACUGCUAUUAUUAAAUUUAAAA